AUGGCGAAGGCCACCGCCGCCGCCGGCGUUGUUAUCUCGGCCAGUACUAUCCUAAUAAUAAUUAUCAUUGUUAUAUCCCUCAUUUCUGUAUCAGAAACCACUGCAAGUGAUGAAGCUCUUUGGCAUAUCUACAACCAGGCUAAUAAGCUGCUGAAGAGCAAAACGACGACGGAUUCCGAGAUCAAUUUCAAUUACGAUGAGGUGAUUAGUAAAUUGGAGGAGGCGAGACUUGUUGGCGGUGCAAAUAUUAAUGAGGCUGGGAUGAAAGACGAAGAUGAAAUCGAGAGGCUACCUGGACAGCCAACGGCGGUGAAUUUCAAGCAGUACGGCGGAUACGUCUCCGUCGGCGGCGGCGCCUUUUACUACUACUACUUUGUAGAGGCUCAGGCGGAUCGUCACAAACACUUGCCGCUUCUUCUCUGGCUCAAUGGAGGGCCAGGGUGUUCGUCUCUUGGCUAUGGGGCAAUGGAAGAACUUGGACCUUUUAGGGUUCACAGAGAUGGCAAAACUCUUUACCACAAUCCCUUUGCAUGGAACCAUGUUGCAAAUGUAUUGUUUGUAGAGUCUCCUGCUGGUGUUGGAUUCUCAUACUUGAGUACAACGAUGAAUUAUACAAUAGGAGAUACUAAGACUGCUAUAAAGAAUUAUGUAUUUUUAUUAAAUUGGAUGGAAAGAUUUCCCGAAUAUAAGAACUCAGAUUUUUAUAUUUCCGGAGAAAGCUACGCCGGUCAUUAUGUACCUCAAUUAGGGCAAACGAUCCUCUAUCACAAUUUGAAAACCAACGAGACAAAAAUCAAUCUCAAAGGAAUCAUGAUUGGAAAUCCCGUGAUCAACGAUGAAACUGAUAUUCGAGGGAUUUACGAAUACUUAGGAAGUCAUGCUCUUGUUUCUGAAGAGACUACUGACCGGGUAAUGAAAUAUUGUUUCUCGACUAAUGCCACAACCCAAAUCGAUAAGUGCAAUUCUAGUCUAUUAGAAGCUGUUGGAAACACUCAAUCUAUCAACAUCUACAAUAUUUACGCGCCAGUUUGCCAUAAUUCGAGCCUCGAUGAGAAGCAUGGGAAGGCUUCAGUUAAAAUGUCGGAUCCUUGCAUUGAUAAUUAUGUGUAUGCAUACUUAAACAGAGUCGAUGUUCAAAAGGCGCUCCAUGCUAAUGUCACCAACAUUCCGUACAAAUGGCGAUUCUGCAGCGAUGAGAUUGUCCAGAAAUGGCAAUGGCAAGACAGUCCUUCAACAAUCCUUCCCAUUCUUAAGGAGUUGAUGUCAAAAGGAAUUCGAGUUUGGAUUUAUAGUGGGGACAUAGACGGAAGAUUACCUGUUACGUCCACGCAGCAUUCCAUCAAGCAAAUGAAACUUGUUACAAAAAUCCCUUGGCACCCAUGGUACCUUGCUCGACAGGUCGGUGGAUACACACAAGUGUACGAAGAAAAUCUUACAUUUGCGACAAUAAGAGGAGCGGGUCAUAUGGUUCCCACCGAUCAACCUGCUAGGGCCCUUUCGCUUAUUCGACAUUUUCUUGCAGGGACACAACUACCUUCUACAAUCCAGUAA